AUGCCAGGUUCGCCGAUCCCGCCGAAUCUAAACCCUGCUCCACCGAGUUCUACCGGUGCAGCACAAUCCAUCGAGGCACCAUCCUCCGAUUGGACCUCCACUAUGAUCACCACCUCUGGAUCUGCCUCAGCUUCUACCAAUGCAUCCACCUCCACCUCCAAUAAGCGCCGCCGCGAUUCAAUGCAGCAAGACAUUGCCGGCCGUGAUUAUUACAAUAACUUGAAGCAAUCAGAGUUGAUUGAUCUGGUAGUCAAGCUCCAAGAACAGAAUCUGAUUCUCACCCGUUUACUGGAACGAUCCACCCUCACUGCUGCUACCAAUAAUACCUCUGCUGCCUCAGCCACUCGUCUGAAUCUUACUCCAAAUGUCAGCUUCACACGUACCAAAUCUGGAUCUGCUGCAUCUCGUUAUGCAUCGGAAAAGGAUUUCCCAACCUUGAAUUCAGGUACCAAAAAGGGAUCUGCCAAUGCCAAACCUACUGCCAAACCUACUGCCAACUCUGCCACCACUACUGCCAACUCCAAGAAGAGCUCUGGUUCUAACAAGAAAACUUCCAAGAAGUCUUCUUCUAAAGCCAAAGUCCCCUCUGAUGCUGCUGAAGCCAAGAAAUGGGCUUUACGUCUAUUUUCUACUCCUACUGCUACUGACUCAACUGAUGGUGAUGAUAUGCAAAUGUCUUCCUCCUCUAAUACCGCCACUUCAGCUCUGCCUCCUCCUGGUUAUACUUGUGUCUACCUUCCUUGUAGCCACAAAACCAAGCACGCCGAUCUUCGCACUCGUUUAGAGUUGCUCAAAAUCAACCUCAAACGUGUAUAUGCCAUCCAACGUCCUGCCAAGCAUGUUGUCUCUCUUCUGGUACACUCCCACUAUGCUACUGAAAUUCUUAAGAUCUGUGAAAAGGACGAACUUUAUCCCAUCACUGAUUUCAAUCCUAUCUCUGGUAAAAAUCUGGGUGAUCCCCAUCUUUUGAAGACUUUUAAUGCUCAACAACUGGAUGAUAAAGCUAAGGCCAUCUACUACAACCGCAUGCUCCAAGCUGCUACUCAACUUCGUGAAUCCCGUAUGGGUCUGAUCAUCCUCAAGUUCUUCAAUGCCCUUGACAGUGCUGAUAAUCACUUUGUCCCGCCUGUCAUUAUUGAUGAGUUCAUCAAGCUGAAGCCUGAUUGCGUUCGCAAAAUCGGCGCUGCCAACACUGCUCGCUCUGUUCUCAAAGGCUUUGAUGCCUCCAACUUGUUUGCCUCUCUUACUACCUCCACCAACAAUGCCGAUGCCAGCAUUUCUCAACCUGGUUCAAAUCCGUCACCUCUGACUGCUGCUAGUAACGCUGGCUCCAGCCCCAUGGAUACGAAUCAAUGA